GCUUCCGCUUCUGACGUCAUUGGCCAGCUCCGACUGAACGCCACGAGCCACGGCAGUGACGUCACGGCUCAGAGCGCGGCCAGCUCGGCUCAUGACGUCAUAGCUCAAUCGAGGAUGCAGGGAGUCGCUGGCUCUGUGGAUGACAUCAUAGCUCAAGUCAAGAGCCACGGAGUGGUUGGCUCUGAGGAUGACGUCAUAGCCCAGGAGGUCGGUGGCUCUGUGGAUGACGUCAUAGCUGAAGAAAAGAGCCAUGGAGUGGGUGGCUCUGUGGAUGACGUGAUAGCUGAGGGGGUCAGUGGCUCUGUGGAUGACGUCAUAGUUCAAGUCAAGAGCCACGAAGUAGGUGGUUCUGAGGAUGACGUCAUAGCCCAGGAGGUCGAUGGCUCUGUGGAUGACGUCAUAGCUCAGGGGGCCGGUGACUCUGUCGAUGACGUCAUAGCUCAAGUCAAGAGCCACGGAGUGGGUGGCUCUGAGGAUGACGUCAUAGCCCAGGGGGUCAGUGGCUCUGUCGAUGACGUCAUAGCUGAAGAAAAGAGCCACGGAGUGGGUGGCUCUAAGGAUGACGUCAUAGCCCAGGUCGGCGGCUCUGUGGAUGACGUCAUAGCUCAAGGGGACGGUGGCUCUGUCGAUGACGUCAUAGCUCAAGUCAAGAGCCACAUAGUGGGUGGCUCUGAGAAUGACGUCAUAGCUCAGGGAGUCGGUGGCUCUGUCGAUGACGUCAUAGCUGAAGAAAAGAGCCACGGAGUGGGUGGCUCUGAGGAUGACGUCAUAGCCCAGGAGGUCGGUGGCUCUGUGGAUGACGUCAUAGCUGAAGAAAAGAGCCAUGGCGUGGGUGGCUCUGUGGAUGACGUCAUAGCUGAGGGGGUCAGUGACUCUGUGGAUGACGUCAUAGCUCAAGUCAAGAGGCACGGAGUGGGUGGCUCUGAGGAUGACGUCAUAGCCCAGGAGGUCGGUGGCUCUGUGGAUGACGUCAUAGCUCAAUAUAAGGGCCACAGAGUCGCUGGCUCUGUCGAUGACGCCAUAGCUCAAGGAGUCGGUGGCCCUGUGGAUGACGUCAUUGCUCAGGGAAUCACUGGCUCUGUUGAUGACGCCAUAGCUCAAGGAGUCGGUGACCCUGUGGGUGACGUCACAACUCAAGUCAAAACCCGGGGGGGGAUCCGUGUCUCUGUCGACAACGUCAUAGGCCAGCGGCGAAACAACACCACGAGCCGCACAAGUGACGUCAUAGCUCAAUCGAGGAGGCAGGGAGGUCAAGAAGUCAAGGGCCAGGGGGCUGGGCGGGGCAACGGCACGGCCCCUCCCCCUCCGCGUGACGUCGCGAAGGGCGGAGCCUACGACGUCACGAAGGGCGGUGCCUACGACGUCACGAAGGGCGGAGCCUACAACGUCAGUAAGGGCGGAGCCUACGACGUCACAAAGGGCGGAGCCUUCGACAUCAUGAAGGGCGGAGCCUACAAAGUCACGAAGGGCGGAGCCUACAACGUCACUAAGGGCGGAGCCUACGACGUCACGAAGGGCGGAGCCUUCGACAUCAUGAAGGGCGGAGCCUACAAAGUCACGAAGGGCGGAGCCUACAACGUCACUAAGGGCGGAGCCUACGACGUCAUGAAGGGCGUAGCCUACGACGUCACGAAGGGCGGAGCCUACAACGUCAUGAAGGGCGGAGCCUACAACGUCACUAAGGGCGGAGCCACGAGGCUGAAUGCGACAGGAUUGGAGGGUGGCAUUGUUGUUGGUGGUGGCUGCUGUGGGUGUCUCGUACCAUACAUGACCAUCUUUGUCCACGUGCUCCUGAUCCUCGUUUGCUUGACCACUCUGUUCCUGGUCACGUGCAGCUUCACCUACCUGGUCACGUGGCGGAGGAGGAAGGUGAUGGUGGUGAUG